AUGGCCGAGGCCGGGCGGCUGUGCGGGCCGGCGGCGCCCACCCGGCUGCCGGCGGGCGGGACCUGCGGGCCCCGGUACAAGGAGAGUCUACCUUCCAAGUGUUUCACAAAGCACAGGCACAAGCUGACGUGUCCCACCUCCCUGAACAGCCUGCGGUGGACGUUUGUGAAGAAGGGACUGGAUGACUUCAGGAGGGGCUGCCCGUCUUGUGAGGGUCUGCUCAUUCGGGGUCCUCAGGAGGCCUUUCUCCCGCAGAUCCGUCACACAGCUCCCCAACCUGCCCCAAAGAAGAGGCAACACAGGCGGCCCAAGGAAGCAGCCCUGUUUCCCAAGCUGUCACCAGCGACGCGAGCGCGGAAGGCAUUCCUGGCAGAUGUUGAAGCCCAGCUGACCCCGCACCCUUUGGCUCUCUACCCUAAUCUGGGGGAAGACAUGCCUGUCGAGCUCUUAUUAAAGGUGCUGGAAGUGUUGGAUCCCGACAGGAAACUGGAGGACACAUGGGCUUAUUGUCAGGGCGUCAGGAAAAGAAAAAAGGAACCAGCCAAACUUUUAAAAAAGCAUUCUACCCAAGUCGACCUGGGACUUCCCAAGAAGACUCCCGUGUCACAUCCAGGUCAAUGGCUUUAUGAAGAAAAGAAGCCAACCGAAACAGAUUUGCUCCAUGAAGAUGGUCCUCUUUGUUAUGAAAAUGGAAGUUCAAACAUUGAUGAAGAGUUCAUCCUGAAACAGUUUGACAUUGACUAUCAGAGCAAACCAAGCCAUGAUGUGCUCCACACGAUGAGACUCAACCAGACUCCUCUAGAGCUAAAGAAGAGAGUGGGGUCAAAGAAACUGCAGGAGCCACAGUUUUUCCAGAAACUAGACUAUGAGCAGAAACACCAGAAACCACAGAAUCCUCAUAAACCAAAGUGUGUGAAGAUGAGGUAUGGAGCAUGGUAUCUGAACACCAAGUUGUGGAAAAGGCAAAGAGCAGAUGAACCUUUGGUUGACCCCAAGGUCUCAUGUAAAGCUCAAGAUGACAAUUUUAAAAAGGAGCUGCAGGAACAGGAGGAGUUACUUGCAGACCUUCAUGGAACCACUGCCUUUAAGGAUUUCAUUCUAAGCAGAGGCUACAGGAUGCCAAGUUUCCUUGAGAAGAUGUAUAUCAGGAAGGAACAUAAAUGUGAGUGUAAUAAGACUUCUGUAAAAUAA